AUGAAGCAUUGCGAGAUGCAGAAGCCGGAUAACGCACCCGCUUUGUAUUCAUCUUCGAGACAAGGAUUCUGCAUGGUUGAAGGAGUGGGAUUUUACGUUUGUGAUUGAUGUGAUGCGGAGGCGGAGGCGGAUGAUUUGCCUCCUCUCGCGCUGGCACUGUCUGCGACGAUCCGUCCUCAUACAGUGACACCUCUUUGUUGCAAAGGUAGGCUGAGCCGAUCUAUGGACUUGUCCAACAGUAGUUGCAGCCAACUGACAUCUAGAAGCUUUGUUCGCAGACUCCAAAUUGUGAUCCGAUCCACCAUCUCGAAGUUGGUGUGUUGGGAAUGAGGGUUAGGAACCGCGCGUUCUUUGGUAAUCUGUUUAGAAGCGCUCGUCUGUUUAGUGAAGCCUGGCGAUGCGCACCAACCGUUGUCUUCUCUCCACGGUUGGAUUACACGCUCGUCAGGUACGCAUGUUUAGCUUCACAGCCACUUUCGUUGCAAUUAACUGACGGUUGGAUUACACGCUCGUCAGUCUCUUAUUUGGUAGCGUCUGUAUUGCCGCAAGGCACAGAUCCGCACGCAGAAAAGGCGCAGCGCAUAUCCAAGAUGGCUACGACCACGGUGGAUUCCGGGUCCGCCAUUCAUCGCGGCCUUAUGGGCGACUUGUAUGGCAACGUCGACGCCACGAAUUGGGGAACGGCCAAGGAUCGACUCCAACGGGUGUUGGAGGGCGAUGGCCGGUUCAAGCACGUCACCACCGAACUCAGCGUUGGCCCAGAGCCCGAACAGUCCGAGUUCACCCGUACGCAAGGUGGCUCCACAGUGGCCGACGUAGCCACGUUCCGUACACAACAUCGGAUCUACCGUCAUGACGUCGACGACCUCGAUCAAGCCUUGGCGCAGGCCCGCAACAUCUUGUUCGUGUGCCUGGGGGAGGCCACGUUCGCGCGCAUUGCAGAUCAGCCAACGCACGAGCUGUGGGCGGCCCUCGAUAAGGAUCUCGGCGCCGCAUCCCACGACUUCGCACGGUCGGAGAAACUCGAUGCCCUGUUUUCGUACCAAGCCUACGUCGACGGAGACCCUCUCGACCCUUGGUUGUCGCACUUCAACCGGUUGUUCACCGAUCUCAACGCCGCGCACGUUUCCCGCGACAAGGCUUACCAGCGCGCCAAGAUCGACGGGGUCAAGUACACGCAAGCUGAGUUUGACAAAUGGGUUCCGCCGCCUGCGUUGUCGGAAGGCAUCCGCAUGGACCUCUUGAAGGCGAGGAUGCCACGGCCUAUUGUCACGGUUAUCGACGCCCUCGGCCCUCUCCCGUCGCUGAGUGAUGUGGAGGGCGCGAUUCGUCGCGCGGCGAUGUCUCGCUCUUCCGGCACCGACGUCGCCGAAGCCCUCGCGGCGAAGACUCAGGGUCGUCGCAGGCGCCCCGCUCGUUCGUCCGGCAAACCGAAGUCCAGUUUUCUCUCGGCUUCAAAGGUACCGGGUCUCGUGGACAAGUGGCCGCACGGGGUUGCGCAGAACGGUCGCCUGAGGCUGGGCCCGUUGCAGUGUCGGAAAUGCUACGAGCAGGGUCAUCUUGGCGACGAAUGUACCGUCCCCGCGACCGAACUGUCCCGUCGUCGGGUUGCCGUCUUAGCCAAGCACAACAUCUCCAUCGGCGCGGCCGACGCGAUGGCGCUCGUGGCUGAGUACGGUCCCGACCCAUCGGUUGACGACGACUCUUACGAGAAUUUUUUUGCCGACGUCGCCCUUGACACCGAAGUCUCUGCGCUGUACUUGCACGACGGUCCCCGCUACCUCCUCGACUCGGGGGCGACGCGCCACAUGACCACUCGUCGGGAUCUCUUGGUCGAUUUCCAGCCUUUCACGACGGAGCGUGUGCGCGUAGUCGGCGCAUUCAAGUCCAGCGCCAUGGCUGUCGGCAAGGGCACCCUUCGCUUUGACGCCAAUGGGGUGCCUCUCGAGCUCCGCGACGUCCUUCUCGUCCCGGGUCUGUCCGCCGAGCUCGUCUCUCUUGCCAGUCUCAUGAAGGGCGGGUACCAGCUGUCUGGGAUUUGCGACGCCGCGGGCGAACACUCUGGUCUCACCGUCUCGGGUCCGGCUUCGAACCUCACCUUCGCUCUCGAUCGCAACCACUACGUUCUCCAGGCGCGUCCGGCCUCACCUCCUCUGGCGGAUCACCAAGCGCUGACAGCCACCUCCUUGCCUACAGAUGUAGUGCUUUGGCAUCAGCGUUUGGGUCAUCUGUCCUGGGGUCGUUUGGUAGAACUUGCUAAGUCGGGCGACAUUUCCCUCGACAUCUCUGCUGUAACCCGGGAUCAACUUCGUCUCCUUGAUCAGUGCGAUGCCUGCUGCUCCGGCAAGGCCGUGUCUGCCCCCAGUCGUGAGGCUGCCCACCACCCCGCCGACGCACCUUUCGCUCGGGUCUUCGCCGACGUGUGGGGGCCUUCCCCUGUCCCUGCUCUCUCCGGCGUCCGAUAUCUGUGCGGUAUCACGGAUGAAUACUCACGUUUUCGCUGGGUUCGCGGCAUUCGGCUCAAGAGCGAGGCUUCGUCCGUACUCAAGGGCUUCGUUGCGAUGUCGAAGAUCCAGUACGCUGGCCCGGGAGUGGCGACCUUGCGCACGGAUAGGGGGGGUGAGUUCGUCAACAACGACCUCCGGGAUUGGCUUGCUGAGCGGGGCAUUUUUCACGAGCUAUCCACGGCAUACGAGCACGGUCAGAUGGGCAUACAGGAGCGGAGUUGGCGUACGAUUUUCAACUCUGUUCGGGCGUGGCUUCAUCGUUCGGGACUGCCGUCAUCGCUGUGGGAAGAGGCUGCGCAGGCGGCCAUCUACGUUAUCAACCUCCUCCCGUCGUCGCCUCUGCAGCAGCGCACCCCUGAUGCCGUUCUUCACGCCGCUGCGGGUCCCGUUACGUCCACCCGUCGUCCCCGCAUCGAUCGUGUCAAAACCUGGGGCUGCGCCGCCCAGGUACCGUUUGCUCCCGAACAGCGUUCCAACAAGUUGGCUCCGCGUUCGCGCCUGUGCUACUUUGUCGGGUACUCUUUGCGCUCUAAGGCCUGGCGCUUCUACGACCCGGUUGGCAACAAGGUCUUCGAGUCGUCUCAGGCCAAGUUCUUCGAAGAUCGCUUCUUCCCCGCCGCGGCAAACCCUGUACCUACUGUUGUUGCGCCCGCCGUUCUGUCCUAUCCGUCCGCCCCGCGCAGGGUUCCUCCUCCCGACCUUCCCCCUGACGACGACGAUACUGUCAAUCCUGCGGGCGUCGCACCUGCCGUCGCUGCCGCUCCCGCUGUUGCCCCCGCCGCUGCCGUCCCGCCCGCGGCUGGUCCGGUCGACGUUGUGGCCCCACCUGUUCCGCCCUCCCUCGUGUUCUCCAACCCGGGUCCGGCGAACGCCCCUCCUGUGGGUGAUCGUUCCACUCGUGCUCGUCGCCCCCCUGACUACCUGGGUUUCGCCCGCGCGGCUCACGACUUGGAGUUCGCCGCGCACGCCUCCGUCUCGAUCGAGGACUUUGACGAGGACGAUCCCGAAGUCCAGCUGUACUCGUACGAGGAAGCAACUGCCUUUCUUGCCAAAGUCGACAAGGACGACGCCCCUUCCGUUCGCGCGGCACUCGCUGGUCCGUUCCGCGACUACUGGCUGGCGGCCAUGGCGACCGAGGAGGGCGCACUGGCGGCGAAGCAAACAUUUUCCAAACCGCUUCGUCCCCCUCACGGGGCUAUCAUAAUCGGCAGCAUGUGGGUCCUCAUGGUGAAGCGCGACGCCGAGGGCAAAAUCGUAAAGUACAAAGCUCGCCUCGUUGCGCGUGGGGACAUGCAGAGGCGUCGUGGUGAGCAAAUUGACUCGUUCUCGCCUACUGGCCGCGCCGCCUCCCAUCGCCUGCUGCUCGCCCUUGCCGUUGAGAACGAGUGGGAGACCCGGCAAUUCGACGUCUCGUCGGCAUACCUCAACGGCAAUCUCGGUGGGACGGAGAUCUACAUGCGCCUGCCCAGUGGGCAAGUCGUGCGCCUUCAGCGCGCGCUGUACGGACUCGUCCAGGCGGGUAGGGAGUGGUACAAGGUCUUCACCGAGUGGAUUUUGUCGAUCGGCUUCACGCGUACCGACAGCGAUCAUGCCGUCUUCAUUCGCAGGGAAGGGGACAAGCGCUGUUUCCUUUCCAUCCAUGUCGACGACGGACUGCUCACGGGUGACGGCGACCUCGACGGCGUUCUCACUCAGCUCAAGGCGCGUUUUGAGGCUCGCAGCACGGACGAGGCGUCUUUCUUCCUGGGUCAGAGUAUAAUCCGUGAGGGCAAAACGGGUGCGGCCAUCGUUACUCAAUCUCAUUUUGUGGAUGCGAUUCUCGAGGAAUACAACAUGGCCAACGCCUCCCCGCGCCCCACCCCGCUUGCGGCACCGUCGACGCUGAGGAACCGUGUGAACUCUGAUUUCGACCCCGCUUCCAUACCGUACCGUGCCAUUGUCGGCAAGCUUCUGUAUCUGUCCGGCACUACUCGGCCCGACAUCGCUUUCGCCGUGUCCAAGGCUGCUCGUUUCUGUAACAACUUCGAGGCGGAACAUUGGGAGGCGCUCAAGCACAUUCUCCGGUACCUCGUCGGCACUCGUAACUUUGGCAUUCGAUACCAGAAAACCCAUCAGCCGAUGUCAGCCAUUUUGGAGGGUUUUGUCGACGCGGACCAUGGUGCCGACCCUGUGACCCGCCGCAGCGUCUCGGGUUACGUCUUCACGUGCGCUGGCGGGGCAAUCUCCUGGAUCGCCAAACGUCAGACUCUUGUCACUCUGUCGAGCACCGAGGCCGAAUAUGUGGCCAUGUCGUACGCUGCUCGUGAGGGGAUCUGGUUGCGUCGGCUGCUGGCCGAUCUUGGUUUUGAGCAGACAUCGCCGACUCGUCUGAGGGGUGACAAUCAAUCGGCUAUCACUCUGGCCAAGCACCCGGCUUUCCAUGCUCGCACCAAACACAUCGGGAUCCAUUUCCACUUCAUCCGAGAUCACAUUGCGGAGGGCACAAUCGAGAUGGUCUGGGUGCCCACGGGCACCAUGGCUGCGGACGUCCUCACCAAAGGGCUCGGGACUCAGAAGCACUAUCAGUUUGUACACGCGAUGGGGCUUAUCGAUUCAUCGCGUGAAGGGGCGAGUUGGUGUGUUGGGAAUGAGGGUUAGGAACCGCGCGUUCUUUGGUAAUCUGUUUAGAAGCGCUCGUCUGUUUAGUGAAGCCUGGCGAUGCGCACCAACCGUUGUCUUCUCCACGGUUGGAUUACACGCUCGUCAGGUACGCAUGUUUAGCUUCACAGCCACUUCCGUUGCAAUUAACUGACGGUUGGAUUACACGCUCGUCAGUCUCUUAUUCUCGAUUCACCAGGAAUUCUGAGAUUCUUUCUUUUCAUUUCUCGAGAUCUAAUCGUUUGAUCGUGGCUCUAGUUUGA